GUGUGGCAGCGACUCGGUUCCUGUCUCUUUCAUCUCAAUCUUAUUUUAAUUCCAACUUUCUCUACAAAAAUCAAUUCCUCGUGCUUCCUUUUCCCAACUUCUCUAUCUCCCUUUCUUAAUCUCUCCUGCAAAAGCAAUUUCACAAACACAAAGUAUACUUAAGCACCAAAACUUUGUGUUUCAGGUCAGCCCCUUUUUUGGUCCACUGUAUUAUUUUCAAACAAAGUUUGGGUUUUUACCCCAUCUGGGUUGGUGUGCUGGUUUUCUUCGCCAUCAAGUUUCAAUCUUUCCAUGAUCAUGGAAGUGGGUUUUGGUUUAUAAUAUCUCAACAUGUUCUCCACCGCCACAGUUUCUGUCCCCAAACGCAUGGGGUUCAGAGUCGGUGUCACUUUGUUCCUGAAUAUCUCCUUCCUCAUGAUCGUGUUUUGUGUUUCUCUUAUUGCCCACUUCCAUUCUUCGGAUCAUGUUGUUCUGAGGAGAAACCUGUUAGGCUUGAGGGGGGUUGAAAAAGAUUGCAAAAGUUUCCACAAAUUGAAAGACUCAAAAGCCAAGUGUUUUUACUUGAAAUCCAAUGAUCCGUGUGUUUCUCAGGGUUAUGUCGACUACCUUUACAUUUUCUAUUGCAAAGUGGGGGAUUUCCCUCUUUUGGGUCAUAGUCUUUUGUUUCUUUGGCUUUUGGUUCUGUUCUACCUGUUGGCCAACACAGCCUCCGAAUACUUUUGUCCUUCUCUUGAGAAUUUGUCCAAAUUGCUGAGGCUCUCUCCCACAAUUGCUGGGGUGACUCUUCUCUCUCUUGGAAAUGGUGCUAAUGAUGUUUUUGCCACCCUUGUCUCUUUUAAGGGUAGUGGGACCCAGGACAUUGGUUUCAACACUGUGCUUGGAGGUGCAUCCUUUGUUUCUUGUGUUGUGGUUGGAAUAGUAAGCAUUUCAAUUAGGCAAAGGGGGAUUCGGGUCAAGAAGUGGGCCUUGGUGAGAGAUGUCUGUUUCCUUCUCCUGGUUCUUUUCUGUUUGUUGAUCAUUUUGAUCACAGGUGAAAUCAGUGUUCCUGGGGCAAUUGGUUUUUGCUUGAUGUAUGUGGUGUAUGUGGUGGUUGUUUAUGUCUCAUCUAAACGAGGGAACAAAGGUGUAUGUGACGAUGCUGAUACUGAAAGUGAUGGUGAUUUGAGUCAUGGUGGUGGCAAUGAUUUAGGUGUGCCUUUGCUUAUUGGGAUGGAGAAAGGACUUGCAGAUACAACUCUGGAAUUUGAAGUGAAAACAGGGAGGAAAUGUUGCUGUUUAAAAUCUUCAAUUUGUAGAAUGUUACUUUGUGUCAUGGAGAUGCCACUUUACUUGCCUAGGAGAUUGACAAUUCCUGUUGUUUGUGAAGAAAGAUGGUCCAAAGGGUAUGCAGUUUGUUCAGCUAUGCUAGCACCACUUCUACUGUCUUUCUUGUGGGUACCAAACAAGGAAAACAACUUCAACCCAAACCUUAUUGUUUGUGGAAUUGCAUUGUUGGUUGGGAUUACACUAGGGGUAACAGCAUUUUUCACAACCAAUGUGUCAAGCCCUCCAAGGAAGUACUUGUUUCCUUGGCUUGCAGGAGGGUUUGUGAUGAGUGUGACUUGGAGCUACAUUUCAGCUCAAGAAUUGGUGGGGUUGCUGGUUUCACUUGGUUACAUAUGUGGGGUCAGUCCUUCAAUUCUGGGGCUAACAGUUCUUGCAUGGGGGAAUUCACUUGGGGAUUUGGUGACAAAUUUGACAAUGGCUUUGUAUGGUGGAUCAGAAGGUGCUCAGAUUGCAAUAUCAGGGUGUUAUGCUGGUCCUAUCUUCAAUAUAGUGGUUGGAUUAGGCUUAUCUCUUGUGAGCACUACUUGGUCAGAGUACCCAUUUUCUGUUGUGAUUCCUAAAGAUCCAUAUCUUUGGGAGACAUUAGCACUUUUGGCAGUUGGAUUGGUUUGGGCUCUUGUUGUGUUGAUUAGAAGAGAUAUGAAACUUGAUGCAGUAUUGGGAGUAGGACUCUUGGUUAUUUACUUCAUUUCUCUGUUUCUGAGGCUGAUUCAGACACUUGGGUCACUCCAAUUUCAGAAUAUGAUAAACUCACUCUUCAUAACAUCAUAAGAGUUUUGAAUUUCUCAUAGUUAUUAGUCACUCACACCACUUUCUGUAUAAAGUUCUACAUAGAUAGGUUUUGCUUUAGUCUUUUGUUUGGCUAACUAAAGAUGCCAUUUCUUUGUAUAUUAAGAUCACAGAGUUACGUAUAGUGGGAGAAGUAUCAAUUUGCUCUCCCUACAAGUGUUUGAUAAAGUUUUUGUUUUCAUAAAAGUAAAAUUUGAUUGAUUUAA